AUGUAUACAACUCAGGGCAACACUCUGGCCGAACCCAACCAGCAAUCACAUUUCUCACACGCUUCGACGCGCUCAUCAAACUCCCACAGCGAUAAUGACCAAAGGACGAGCCAGUCGACGCCCUCGCGGCCCCGGUACUCAGAUGAUUUUCGCUAUCGAACGAUGGCCACAUACAUCUACAACCGCAUCAUGGUCAGCGGCUGGAUUCACCCCGAUGCGGCCCAUGAUCCAAACAAUAUUCAUGGCGUGCUAAUUCGUCGUACUCGAGGACAAUAUCUUUCUGUCCCAGAGCCCGUCCACCCUGUUCUCCAUGACGCGGUGAGCCGCAUGAAUCUAGCUGUUGCAGUCACAAUUCGUCCCCGUCUGCUCGAGGGUAUCAUGAUGACCCUGACUGAAGGUCAGACUGAGCUCCGCUUGAAAGACGGUUCUCAGCUGCAGGUCAUAGACUCUCUCAACCACGCACAUCCCACCACCGUCAAGAAGUAUCAGUAUGCCUGUAUUUGCCAGCAGGAGCGCAUGCUGCUCCUCUGGCAUGACGACAUAUCGCAUGUCUUGUCUCACGCGGCGCAUCUCGAAGAGAAACUACUUACAAUGAUCUGGGGUUCUGGCAAAACGGUCAACACGGUGCUCUCUUCGCCCUUCCGCACCCCUUCCGUUCUCUCCGUGAUGACUCCCAGCGGCAAUAACACGCCAAGCAAUGGCAUCGAUGAGAAAACUGCCUACAUCACCGAGACGCCUGACGAGGCUGACGAGAACAUUGCUGCCGCAAAGAAAAAAGCCAUGGAGCGCCCAGAGUCGUUGAAGCGACCUGUAAUGCGUACCUCUGCUGUAUUCAUCGGUCUCGCCAUGGCCCUCACCAUUGUCCUGCUCGUCGGCGUCUACAUUGGUCGACUAGUCAGCGAGUGUCUCCUCGAUGGGUCUUACACUCGCAUGGCUCUAGUCUUUCCGAUUCCUCUACUGGCCUGCGUCAGUCUCUUCUUCUUCCAGAUUGUCUUUUCCGACCUUUUCCAGAUUCUUGGCCCCAUCGGUGGCAACACCACCAACUCGCGAUUCUUUUCGUGCCAUAAGCCCAGCCUGGAUCGCGCCUACGCGGAUGGCAUGGAGCUCCCCAAAGUGACUAUUCAGAUGCCCGUUUAUAAGGAGGGCAUGGAGUCGGUCAUUAUCCCCACUAUUCGCAGUCUACAGCAGGCCGUCUCCUUUUACGAGUCUCACGGCGGCUCCGCUACCAUCUUUAUCAACGACGACGGUCUGCGUGCCGGCCUCUCUGAGGCGCAGGUGCGCCAACGUCAGGACUACUACCACAACAACAACAUUGGCUGGGUCGCACGCCCGCGCCACAACGGCGAUGAGGGCUAUGCCCGCAAGGGCAAGUUUAAGAAGGCAUCCAACAUGAACUUUGCCCUCAACUUUUCGCAGCGCGUCGAGGCCCGCAUGCAGGAGAUGAUGGACACCCGGGUCGCCAACACAGGCUCGGAUCUCAUUGACGAGGCAGAGGAAGAAGAGAUGUACAAUAUGGCCCUGGCACAGCUCCUUGACGAAGAGCCUCUCGCUUGGGCCGAGGGCGACAUUCGCGUCGGCGAGAUUAUUCUUCUCGUUGACUCUGAUACUCGUGUGCCCAUUGACUGUCUCCUCUACGGUGCCGCCGAGAUGUACCUCUCCCCCGAGGUCGCCAUUGUGCAGCACUCGACCGGCGUCAUGCAGGUCACCCGCGACUACUUUGAGAAUGGCAUCACCUACUUCACCAACCUCGUCUACUCGUCCAUCCGCUUCUCCAUCGGCGCCGGCGAGGUCGCGCCCUUUGUUGGCCACAACGCUUUUCUUCGUUGGCGCGCUGUCCAGGACGUCGGCCGCUCGGAGCAGGACGGCGCCUACACGGCCUACUGGUCCGAGAGCCACGUGUCCGAGGACUUUGACAUUGCCCUGCGUCUGCAGAUGAAGGGCAGCGUCAUCCGCAUCGCCUCGUACCACAACGACGAGUUCAAGGAGGGCGUGUCGCUGACCAUUUACGACGAAAUCAUGCGCUGGCAAAAGUACGCCUAUGGUGUUUCGGAGAUGAUCUUUCACCCCCUCCACCGCUGGAUCUACCGCGGGCCCUUUACCCCCCUCUUCUACACGUUCCUCUUCUCCAACAUUAUGUGGUCGUCCAAAAUCUCCAUCAUGUCGUACAUGUGCUCGUACUUUGCCCUCGGCUCCGCCCUCCUCCUCACCUGUCUCAACUACUUCCUCAUCGGUUGGAUCCGCAAUGAGCUCGCCACCGCGUACCUGACAUCGUGGAAUGUGUUUCUCUCCCUCAUUGUCGUCUUCAACGGCGCGGGUCCCAUUGCCCUCGCCGUCUUGCGCUACCGCACCGGCGAGCGCGGGCUCAUUGGCGCCCUCGUCGAAAACUACAAGUGGAUGCCGCUCAUGACGUGCUUCUUUGGCGGCAUCUCGUACCACAUCACGGUCGCGCUGCUCGCGCACCUCUUUCACGUCGACAUGCAGUGGGGGUCCACGUCCAAGGAAAAGGUCGACUCCAACUUCUUCCAGGAGGUGCCGCGCAUCUUCAAGACGUUUUGGACAAUGUACGUCUUCAUCACCCUCAUGGUCGGCGCCAUGAUUUACCUCGGCGUCUUUGCGCCCCCCGACUGGGCCAUUACCGACUUUUCGGCCAUUGUGCCUCUGGCUCUGAACUUGUCCUUUCAUGCGCUGGUGCCGUUUGUGCUGAACCCUAGUCUGAUGGUCUUUGCCUAUUAA